GGAUAGUGAGUGAGUGUGUGUGUGAGAGAGAGAGAGAGCGCUUGUGCGCUUGACGUUUGUACUUUUCGAUAUAGACGCAUCGCGUAAAAUUAGGAAAUUUGUAUCAUUUUCACCCCGAGGUACUUAAAUUGCAGGAGAUUAUACACAUUUUUAGGCGUAUCAGAAGCUAGAAAUAGACAAAUAGGAACCCAAAAUGACUGAUUAUAGCGAUUUAGAUCGGCAGAUAGAGCAGCUGAAGCGAUGCGAGAUCAUCAAGGAGAACGAAGUGAAGGCGUUGUGCGCGAAGGCCCGCGAGAUUCUCGUGGAGGAGGGCAAUGUGCAGCGCGUGGACUCUCCUGUGACAGUGUGUGGUGACAUCCACGGGCAGUUCUAUGAUUUGAAGGAGCUGUUCAAGGUGGGCGGCGACGUCCCAGAGACAAAUUACCUGUUCAUGGGGGACUUUGUUGAUCGGGGCUACUACAGCGUGGAGACCUUUCUGCUGUUGCUCGCCCUCAAAGUGCGCUACCCCGAUCGGAUAACGCUGAUCCGUGGCAAUCACGAGUCACGACAGAUCACACAGGUUUACGGCUUCUACGACGAGUGCAUGCGGAAGUACGGCUCCGUAACUGUGUGGCGCUACUGCACGGAGAUCUUCGACUAUCUCAGCUUGUCGGCCAUCAUUGACGGCCGGAUCUUCUGCGUGCACGGCGGCCUCAGCCCCUCCAUCCAGUACCUCGACCAGAUCCGCUCCAUCGAUCGCAAGCAGGAGGUGCCCCACGACGGCCCCAUGUGCGACCUGCUGUGGAGCGACCCGGAGGACACGCAGGGCUGGGGCGUGUCGCCGCGCGGCGCCGGAUACCUCUUCGGCAGCGACGUGGUGGCGCAAUUCAACACUGCCAACGACAUUGACAUGAUCUGCCGGGCGCAUCAGCUGGUCAUGGAGGGCUACAAGUGGCACUUCAACGAAACCGUACUCACCGUGUGGUCUGCUCCCAACUACUGCUAUCGUUGCGGCAAUGUGGCGGCUAUUCUGGAGCUGAACGAGCAUCUGCAGAGAGAUUUUACCAUCUUUGAAGCAGCACCGCAAGAAAGUCGAGGCAUUCCGUCGAAAAAGCCCCAGGCGGACUACUUCUUAUAGACG